CUCCGGCCGACCGGCAAGGCUAACGCAGGUCCGGGCCGCCACGCCCACGUGGAGGCCCUUCCGGCCCCGCCCCCUGGGCGCUCUGGACUCCUUUUCGACUUCCAUCCGGUCGCGGAAUGGAAGAGCCCGCUUCCGACCCCAGCCGUGCGGACGCGAAUGGCUCGUCCCCGCUCUCGGUCCACCCUUCGUGGCGCCCCCCAGCCGCCCAGCGCCUACUGUAUACACCGAGAGCUGGGCACUCGGGUUGGCUUCGAUCCCCACAACCCCGCCCAGGGCUUUUAGCCGUUGUUGAUGAGUGAAUAAGUGAAUGAAACGAGAAUGGCUUAAGUUCAUUCAUUCCUUCACCAGACGUUUAUUGUGCUCCUGCAGUGUGCCGGGCCUCGAGCCAGGGAGCAGAGCUUCUGAACUUUAGCGUCUGGUCCUUCAAAUGGGGGGACUGGGUGCCACCGUGGCACAUGGUAGUGAAUAAGCGGAAAGCCCAGUGCUGGGUGCUGGAACGGAUGGGAACUGACUCCAGGGAGACGAAGAGGCCAGGUGUCACAUAACCCCAGUUGCAGUCCAGUUCCCUCCAACUCAUGAUGACACCGUGGGUGUCAGAGUAGAACUGUGCUCCAUAGGGUUUUCAAUGCCUGAUUUUUUGGAAGUAGAUCGCCAGGCCUUUCUUCCAAGGCACCUCUGGGUGGACUCAAACCUCCAACCUUUUGGAUAGCAUCCAAGCACAUUAAUCGUUUGCACACAUAGGGACUUCAGAUAUCAAAUUAAAAAAAAAAAAAAGUUGGCACGGCAUUGAUUCUGACUCACAGUGGCUGUAUAGAAGUAGAACUGCCCUGUAGGGUUUCCGAGGCAAUAAUCUUUAUGGAUGCAGACCGCUAGGGCUUCCUCCUGUGGUGUGGCUGGUAGGUUCGAACCACCGACCUUUUGUUUAGCUGCCGAGCACUUAACCAUUGUGCCACCAGGGAUCCUUAAGAUAUCAGAUAAAACUGGUUAAAAAUCCAUUGCUGAUGAGUCGAUUCCAACUCAUAGUGACCCUACAGGACAGAGUAGAACUGGCCCAUAGGCUUUCCAAUGGCAGCUGGUAGAUUAGAACUGCCAGCCUUUGUGUUAGCAGCUGUAGCUCUUGAGAUAUCAGAUGGGGGAAAUGCUGAGACAUCAUCAGGAAGCCCCCAGAGGAGCAUCAACAGACCCUCCAGGGAAUACCUGACAGGCUUCCACAAGCGGAAGGUGGAGCGGAAGAAGGCAGCCAUUGAGGAGCUCAAACAGCGGCUGAAGGCAGAGCAGAAGAAGCUCCGGGAGGAGCGCCACCAGGAGUACUUAAAGAUGUUGGCAGAGAGAGAGGAAGCUCUGGAUGAGGCAGACGAGCUGGACCGGCUGGUGACGGCAAAGACAGAGUCGGUGCAGUACGACCAUCCCAACCACACAGUCACCGUGACCACCAUCAGUGACCUGGACCUCUCAGGAGCCCGGCUGCUCGGGCUGCCCCCGCCUGAGGGGGCGGGGGCCGAGGAGGAGGUGUCCUCUUUGGAGAAGCCAACCAAAGCCUUACCCAGGAAGUCCAAGGACCCCCUGCUGUCCCAACGGAUCUCCUCCCUCACAGCAUCACUGCAUGCACACAGGCGUAAAAAGGUCAAGAAGAAACACCCCCGACGGGCCCAGGACUCAGCUAAGAAGCCCCUGAGUGCCACUCGCACCAGCAAAACCCAGCGCCGCCGGCUGACAGGCAAAGCCCGACACAGCAGGGAGUGAGCCUGAGAACCAGGCCGCACCCAAGCUUCCACUGCCAGGACCUGUCCUGUCUCCCCUUGGCUCUCCUAGGUAGUGACUCCACGGCCCAAGGGUGGAAUGCUAGGACCCCUCAGGGGGCAAGUUGCCUCUGCCUGAGGACCACCCUUUGGAGCCAACCUUGGGGCGUGUCCCAUAUGUCUGCCCCUCUCCCAGCACUCAUCAGGUUGUGAAGCUACAUCCGUUUGUGGUUUGUUCACCCCGGCCUUGGUUCUGUGAGUCAGGAGUAGGCUUCUGGGAUGUAGAGAUGGUUAGGGGGUAGUGGGUCCUUCCUUAUUCUCCAGCAAUUUUCCCUGUAGUAUAAGCGUAACCAUUGGUAGAUCCAGAGCCCACCUGCUGGUCCGAGGAGCAGGCACCAGGCCAGGGUGGGUAGCAGUGACCAGUGCCAGCUCUGCCCUCAAC